UUUUUUUUCAUUCUCUUUUUCCUUUAUCACCAUUCCUGUAUUCGAUACUCCACUUAGCAGAGACAAACAAAAGUCGCGCACUUAUCUCGUUUAAAAACCUAUCAUAACAAUAAACAACAAUAACAGUAGCUAUGUCAGCCAUUGCGCCCGAUAUCAAAGUUCGUCCCAAAGACCGUAAAGAGGGUCAUCCACAUCCUUAUCUUCACGGCAACUUCUAUCCUGUCUUUGAGGAGACUAUCGGAGACGAGGGUAUCGAAUGUGAAGUUAUUGGAAAGAUCCCAGAGUCUCUCCGUGGCUCGCAAUAUGUCCGUACAGGACCUAAUUCUCUCCACGUUGCUGAUGAUGGUGUUCCUCAUCACUUUUUCGACGGCGAAGGAAUGCUCCAUGGCGUUUAUUUUGAACCCGGCAAUGAGGAUGAGCCGAUUCGUGCACGAUACAUGAAUCGCUGGGUACGAAGUGAGAUAUUCAAGAAAGCCAACAAAUAUGGACGAAUGAACCUUACCUUGGGCCUGGUCAUGGCAGGCGCCGAUAUCUUCUGGGGGGUACUCCUUUGGCAUUUCUGGUAUCGACUAAAGGCUGCAUUCUUCAAGGUCAAAAAUUUUGGUAAUGGAAAUACGGCCCUUGCAUUCUUUGGAUCUAGACUCUUGGCAUUGAACGAGGGCGGUAAACCAAUCGAGACCAGCGUCCCCAGCCUUAAUACCACUGGCGAAUACUUCUUUGAAGAAGAAGAAGAAGAAUAUGGAGAGAAAAAAGAGGAAGACAAGAAUACGCUGGAAAAAAAGAUUAAAGAAAGCACUCCAGAGGUUUGUACAGCUCAUCCCAAGAUCGAUCCGAAAACUGGCGAGUUUAUCUUCUUUUCAUAUAGGUUUACUUAUCCAUUUAUGUAUUAUUCCGUUGUGGCGGCUGAUGGCAAGCACAUAGUCUGGCAGGAACCCAUUAAAAGUCUCAAAAAGUCUAUCAUGAUGCAUGAUUUUGCUAUUACUCCUUCUUAUUCGAUUAUCAUGGGCGUCCCACUUUUCAUCAGUACCAAGCAUAAGAAAGAAGGCAAGCCUGUCAUUUCAUUUGAUCCAAAGUCACCUACUCGCUUUGGCAUCAUCCCUCGUUACUACGACUCGACCAAAGACGAGAUCAUCUGGUUCAAUUCACGUGCCUGCCACAUUUUCCACACCGCCAACGCCUGGGAGGAGAAGGACGAAGAUGGCAAAGUGAUUGCAGUGUGCUUAACUGCUUGUCGCUCUGAGCGCUUUAUUUCCGAUAUCAAUUUAUGGCAACCCACAAAUACUGGAGGUUAUGGUGGUGGUAAAACUCAAAAAGAGUACGAGCGAGAAUAUAGUGCCCCUGGAUCUGGCUCUUAUGCAACCCAGGACCCAGAUGCAGCCUAUAUGACUCUGUUCAGGUUCGACUUCAAGACCAGAGAAACUCAAAUCACAACGCUUUCAACUGCCAGCUCGGAGUUCCCUAUUAUUAAUUUUAACCGAUAUAUGCAACCGGAUUUAAGAUAUGUCUUUGGAGCCACUAUUGCACCUUCUUCCCCAGGAGUAGCUGUUAAAUUCAAUGGCAUCAUUAAAACCGACAUUCAGGCGGUGCUCAAGCGCAGACAAGAGCUAUUAAGCUCUGGGCUGGCUGAAAACGAAGGCGGUGAGGGCUGCUGGGAGUUAGGUGCCAAAGAGCUGAAGCGUAUCGAAGAACAAACUGGUCAGAUCCAUAUUUUUGGUCCCCACAUCUAUGCAGGCGAGGCCUUGUUUGUACCAAACUCACCACGAGAAGAUGGCAAAGAACUUGAAGAAGAUGACGGACAUCUGUUGGUGUAUGUGUAUGAUGAACGACAGAUGGAGAAUGGGCUUGCCAAGGCUAACAAGCAAGUAACGGAGCUUUGGAUCUUUGAUGCCAAGAAUAUUGGUCAGGAUAUUGAACCUGUUGCUAAAGUGCGUAUCCCUCGUCGUGUGCCCUAUGGAUUCCACGGUUUGCAUGUCACCCGAGAGCAGAUCCAAGCCAAUAAGGAUAUGCUUGAGCGCCGCAAUCGUCAUCAUUAAAUACCUGUCAUAUUUGAACUGAAUAGCAUACUACAUAAAAUAAUCAGAUUCAGCAUUAUAUCACAGAAUAGAAAUAUGUCUAUUUCGUAUCUUUUAUGGUAUGUGAUUUAUUUGAACGAAAAUAAAA